ACACCAUCCGGCAACGCUUCCCAAGCGAAAUGUCAAAACAUUUUGGAAUUUGUUGAUCGGUUUUGCUUUUCUAGCGCUUCUCAUCGAACAUAAUGGAUCUGCCUUCGGUGCCAGCCAAUUCACGCGUUUACGUCGGCGGCUUAGGGGAACAAGCGACCCGGCAGGACAUGGAGGAGCUUCUUAAGGAUUUUGGACCGUAUCAGGAUUUCAACUUGCUUCGAGGGUAUGGAUUCGUUCAGUUCACAUCGGAGGAAAGUGCAAGGAUGACGAUAACAGGACUCAAUGGAAAAAUGCACAAAGGAAGGAAAUUAACGGUUAAGAUUGCGAACGAUAAUCGCGCGAAGAAGGGAUUACUUCCUAGAGGCGCUGGUGCAGCAGGGGCAGUAGGUGCUGUAGGGAUAGCAGAUGUAGGUGGCAGGGACCGUUCACCGAUAGAUGGGAAUCGAUAUGCGGGUGCAUAUCCACCGGGUGGAGUUUAUCGGGGAAUGUAUCCAGGAAUGGAAAUGACGGGCUAUAACGACCAAAUGAUGGGAGGUCACCAGAUGCCACCAGCCCAGCCUGAGAGCAAUGAUUGUGAAAUUAUAGUCGUCUCCAGAGAUUUAACGACCUACGCUGAGAAUAUAGAAUCGAGGCUGAAACGGAAUGGUUUAUCUGUGGAUCUUCUUUUCCCGAAUGACGACGUGCCAAUUGGAAAGGUUCUUUCCAACAUUGCUUCUCGUGGAAGCUAUUAUGCGAUCCUCAUAACUCCCGAAAACGAAGAGCGUCACAGCAUAACAGUUAACGUGUUGUAUGGCAUUCCUGCAGAACAUCGGAACAUGCCGACAGAGGAUGCAAUUAUGUUCAUCUGUAAGGACUUUGAAGAAAGACUUCGAUCGGAGCAAGAGAAAAUGGUUAAUUAUAGGAAUGUCAUGCCAGCUGGUCCGCACAUGGCUCCGGUGACCGGCAAUACUCACAUGAAGUAUAAUGCACCGCCAUUGCAAGAUAUACAUCCGGAACCGAUCCAAAAUAUGAUCAACCUUCUUGCAUCCAACCGGCAGCUGACUGUCCUCCAGUAUGAACGACUCAUAAAAUAUUUGACCGAACGCAAGGAGAUGCAGAUCAAAUAUGAACUUGGUGAAGAUGUGGACUCAUCAUCGGUUGCCAACAAAUUGAUGCCGACGAAAUCUAAAGAGGAAAACGAAAAGGAAUUACAACGCAAAAUAUUGGAUAUUCUGAACAAACCCUCAAUUGUGCCACCGAAAGCUAACGCCGUCCCGGAGAGGGAAUCGCGUAAUUUAGCCGGUGGAUUUUCCUCCUUCGCAGGCAUCACUGUGGGAGCAGCUGGUGCCAGUUCCAGCGGUUCCAGCUCGACUGCACCAUUUGCUAAUACCCCCAUCGCUAGUGCAGCACCGAAACUGCUCCACGAUCCCAAGGUUCAGAAAGCAUUGGAUUCGUUACUGCUGUCCGGAAUAGGAGGUGGUGGAUUGAAGUUUUGAAGCAGCUCUGUGCAAUUACGUUUUGCACAGGAGGAAUGUGAAUUUGAGAGAUAUGCGCAUAGUUUUCCAACUAAUUUAGGCAUAUUUUAUAGUUUGAGAAAUACUACGACAUACUGGAUUCCGCUAGGAGUAUAAGUAACAGAAUUGAAUGAUUGAGAGCAAUUCUCGCAUUGACGAUGAAUAAGAAUGUUUGGAAACUUUAUACCAUGCUUUUGAUGAUCGGAAAUUCAUAUAAAUAAAUGUGUCAGGAUUUCUCUCAUAUGA